AUGGUCAUUAGUUAUCGAUACAGAAAACAUUGCGGAGUGCGAGCUGCAUUCAGCCCAGACUCCGUGCAGAAAUGGUGGUGUGUAGCUUUUUUUCUUCAGGGACGUUGUCGAUACGGCGACAAAUGUUGGAAUGAACACCCGAGAGGAGGAAGCAGAGGAGGAGGUGGAGGAGGAGGAGGUGGAGGAGGUGGAGGAGGAGGUGGAGGAGGAUACAACAACAAGAACUACAGCCGCUCCUCCGCUCAGCAGCAGCCCCGAGGAGCAGGAGGAGGUGGCGGGUUUGGCAACAGAGUUUGGGUGAAUCCUUCCCAGCAAAAAGGAGGCUAUAUCCAGCCCUCAUCUUUCUCCUCUCAUGGAAGUGAAGACUGGGGUCGAGGAGGAGGUGGAGGAGCUGACUGGGGUCGAGCAGGAGGUGGAGGAGCUGACUGGGGUAGAGGAGGAGGAGGAGGGAGAAGAGAUAAUGUGAAGAGCUCCGAAUUCAGCUUCUCUGCUCAAAACAGAUUUUCAGCGCUUGAUACUCCCAGCACCUUUGACAGAGGAGGAAGAGGAGGAGGACAGCAGGCGGCAGCUGGAGAGGAAGAUGACGACAAAAAACUGGAGAUGAUUCAGAUGGACAUGGAUAUUUGGGAGAGUUCAGGGCAGUGGGGCUUCUCGUGUUAUUCCACCUUCAAGAAAUCUUUAUCUGGUUUCACGGAUCUCUCUCCAGAAGAGCUCAGACUGGAGUAUUACUCUACAAGAGCUUCAGGAGACCUGCAGAGCUAUGUUAAUGGUAUCAAUCAGUUGCUCAACCAGUGGAGAAGCAGAGUUCAGGAACUGAAGGUCAUGAAUCCAUCCACCCGCGCAGCUCUGCUCGCUGAGUUAAACAGCCCUCAGACAUCUUCAAGUGGCUUUGGUUCAGCGACAGCGACUGGAUUUGGAUCAUCUACAUCCAGCUUUCAAAGCAAAGAGUUUGGGGCUCCAGCACCAGUUCAGGCCAACACUUUCAGCUUUGCUGCUCCAAGUGGUGGAUUUGGUUCCUCCGCAGCACCAUCAGCUUCCACAGGUUUUGGCAGCACCUUAGCGGCUCCUACACAACCUCCCUCUGGGUUUGGUUCCUCCUCUGCAGCCUCAUCUGCACUUUCGGCUUCUUUCUCCUUCGCUGGUCCGACCUCUAACAAGCCGGCAGCCACUUCAGGAUUUGGCUCUGCCUCUGGCUUCAGUUUCGCAUCGAAACCAAACACCGGAGGAGGAUUCGGGAGCAGUUUUGGGGCUGAAGCACCUGCUGCAGCAGGAAGCAGCAGUAUUUUUGGACAGGCGAGUGGAGGGUUUGGGACGGCGGCUGCUCCGCCUGCAGCAGGAGUCGGGUCUGCUGGUGGAGAAUCGGACAGUUUGUUUUCACACGAGAGCAAACUGACUCCAGAGGAACUGAAUCAGUUCAAAGCUAAAAGGUUCACUCUAGGUCAGAUUCCUUUAAAGCCUCCCCCAGCUGAUAUGCUGGUGGUAUAAUGGAGGAAGAGAAUUCACGUGAGAUAAUUUAUACAAAGUAAAGAUUUUCCUCUGCGUAGUACUUUUGUCUUAACAAAAUUAUACUCAUUUUUAAGGUAUUGAUAAUGUUUAAAUACAUAAAAGCAAUUCUGGCAGGGAAGACGGGUGUUGGUUUCAUUUAAUAUUUUUGUGUAUAGGCACAGCUGAAAGAUACAGAGUACAUAUUUUUAGAUGUCUUUUGUCAUAUAAAGUGUUAUUUUCAAAUGAUUGAAUGUCUCUCAGGAUCAUUCUGAAUUGCCAAUUUUAUAAUUAUCCGAUAGCUGAGAUAGUGACAGUUAUCAGUUGAUGAGCAAAGUUUCUCAAAGUUUUCAUUUGCAUGAUUAUGUUAUUGAACAUCACCUAUAAUACAACGAAAUAAUAAAAACACGCCUUAAA